CUUGCGGUGCUUUCCCCUUUCUCCGCUGCAUCCUAGCAAGCACCAUGAGGUUUCUCAGUGGUUUCGCCCUGCCUCUUGAUGCCUCCGAAGAAGAAGAAAUGCCCCCGCCAGGCCAGGAAGGCAGAGCUGGUGUUCCUUGAGAGGCCGCGGGGGGGGCCUGUCCGUGCCUGGGAAUCUCCACUGCCUCUGGCUGAGAACCCGAGACUUGUUCCUACCAAGCCCGCAGACCAGAACGCCUCCACUGCCUGGGUGUGCCCACAGUUUGGAACAUCAGAGCCAGUGAGCUUGGAAGGAUGUCAGAAGAGUCACAGAGCCCAGAAGUGGGAUGCUCUUCGUCAAGGAGGUGCUUCCCGAAAAGUUAUGCCCUGCAAGUUUCCCCCUUUGACUUUUGAGACUUCAGAAGGACCCGCACGCCACUUGUCAGAUUGCCCGGAUCCCUCGAGGAGGAAUGCACAUCUCCCUCGCAGGCAGCCCCCAAAAAGGGCAGUGGCAAAAGCCAACAUCCCAGCGGAUAGUCCUGAAAAGGGCGGGGAACUCUCUUCCUCGCCUGACGCUCAGCCUGUAGAACCAGAAGUCUCUAGUUCCCCAGAGGCACGGGCUCAAACUCUGCCUUCUGGAAGGAGCCGGAGCUGCAGCAGCACUUUGCCGCAGAUGAGUGGCCAUGCCUGGCUGCCCCGCAGCACCUUGGCACUCGCUGUUGAUCCCCCCCGGAGGGAGGAUCUGACAACAGUGCUGGUCACAGAUACUCCGGAGCAUGCCUACGGACUGAAGGUGACCUGGAGGCAGCGGCCUCACAUCCUGCGGUACCUGAGGGAGCGAGGAAGGCUGGCUGCCGAGGACAUAUUCGUGAAGAUGAAUCCGUCCUGGACCCUCCAGGAGAGGCCAAAGUGACUUUGCAUUUGAUGGGAGCAGUUAAUUCUGUUACCUGCAAAGAUGAAUCUAAAUAGAAAAGGGUAUUUUUUCU